CCACGCCGGGGUCGGGGCGGGCCCGGCGGCGGCGCGGAGAGCGGCGGCACGGCAGCGCAGCGCAGCGCAGCAUGGCAGGCGAUCACUCCCGCAGCCUGGGCAAGGGCAGCGCGGCCCCGGGGCCUGUGCCCGAGGGCGUGAUCCGGCUCUACAGCAUGCGGUUCUGCCCCUUCGCGCAGAGAACGCGCCUUGUCCUCCGCGCCAAGGGCAUCAGCCAUGAAGUAAUCAACAUCAAUCUAAAGAACAAACCUGACUGGUUCUUUGAGAAGAACCCCUUUGGACUGGUUCCUGUUCUGGAGACUAGCAAGGGCCAGCUGAUCUAUGAGUCUCCAAUUACUUGUGAGUAUUUGGAUGAAGCAUUUCCAGGAAAGAAGCUGCUGCCUUCAGAUCCAUACGAGCGAGCCUUUCAGAAGAUGCUCCUGGAACACUUUUCGAAGCUAACACCUGUUGUCUUCAAGUACUCUGUUGCAGUCAAAGAUGGACAGGACACCUCGGCACUGAAAGCAGAGUUUGUUGAAAAGCUUAGCAAACUUGAAGAGAUGCUGUCCAAAUGCAACACUGUGUUUUUUGGUGGGGACUCCAUCUCCAUGUUUGACUACAUGAUCUGGCCAUGGUUUGAACGUCUGGAGGCAGUACAGCUGCAGGACUCUUUGAGUCACACUCCAAAGCUCCAACGCUGGAUGGAGGCCAUGAAGGAAGACCCAGCUGUCAAAGCUACAAUGACUGAUCUGCAGACAUAUAAAGACUAUCUCCAGCUCUAUUUGAAGAACAGCCCUGAGGCAUGUGAUUAUGGGCUCUGAGUUGCCAGUGGGCACAUGCUUCUUAAAGGAGCAGUGCCUUUUUUGGGUGAGAGCUGUGGGGAUGUAGUGCAGUUCGGUGUAAGCUCUUCAUGGUUUGUUUUGCAGUAGGAAUAAAAUCUGUGCUGAAAAGGCUGAGCAACUGGUCAGGAGGAGGAUAUGCUAGCUUCAGGUGGGAGGGGGAAAGUCACUGCUUGCAAUGUGCAUUAUGUAAAGAAAAAUUUAUCUUGACUAAGAAAUGACUCUAAUUUCUUCUCAGGCAUUGCUGUUGGGUAGUCACUGAACCCAUAUGAUCAGUUAGUUUAAAAAAGUGUAAUCCUGGUGUCUUGAAAAUAAAGAAAGCAAGCAAACAA